AUGUAUAGCGACAAUUAUAAUUAUAAUUCACAUCUCCAAGACAACGAAACGCCUUAUGGCGUUGUCAGAAACCCUUCUGACGGAUUCAAUUUCAAUCGUCAGGAUUCUCUGGCAGAAGCUGCUUCUCUCCAAGAGCGUGACCAUAGCUGCAACAUGAUAAACUUUAUGGAUAAACAGAUUGUAAUUUGUGAUUACAUAAGAAACGAAGGAAUGGAAAUUGGAAAAGACUGCUUCCCCGAACAUGAGUACGAUAUGGAUGACUAUCUUAAGCACGGAGAUUAUUCUUUCGGACCCGAGGUUUUCGAAAAUAGUUUCCAGGAGAUUGAUUCGAAUAUUGACUACGAUACAGCCAGCUAUGACACAUCAGAUCGGUCCCAAACCCAUGUGUCUGUUCCAGCUACUGCUAACGUUCCAACUCCACAAAUCAAACAAGAGAUCCAGGAGUAUGAAGAAGAAAAACCUUAUGAUGAUGAAGUUGUUGCCAGACCUAACCGCCGUGCUAGAAACCACCGAAACUCUUCGAUCGAUGCCGAUAAUUUCACACCAAAAACUCGUGCUCGUCGAUAUGUAUUGAAGAAUGAGAAGGAGAAGGCUACAGAGGAGUAUCGUUUGAAACGAGCUAAGAACAAUGACGCUGUUCGUAAAAGUCGCUGCAAGCAAAAAAGCGAACAGCAGAAAUGCAUUGAUGAGAAAAUCUCCCUCGCCAGACAAAAUCAAGAGAUAUUGAAGGAGAACGCGAAACUUCGUGAAGAAGUCCGAACCCUGAAGGAAAUAGUUUCCCAGAAAGAUGAACAAAUAAGACAAUUCUCCUUCUAA